UGACACGCGUGUGUUUGUGCGAUGUUUGUUUCUGUAUCGAGCGAAGUAGUUUAGUUGGAGUUAAACAUGAAUAUAUGUGAUAGUUGUGUAGCUAUUUAAAAAUCUGAAACAUCUGCUAUCCGUGGUCGAUUCGUCUGUCCCCAGUGUAGAUGUUAACUAACACUGUGAUAACUGGCUCUAUUUAAUGUUUUAUAUUGUUGAGGCUGCAACCAGUCUUUCUGACAUGGCGUCGCCUGCACCGGGAGUCCAGAACAAGAACCGUGUGGCCAUUUUGGCUGACCUGGACAAGGAGAAGAGACGCUUGAUACAUAACCAAUCCAUGAAUAACCCUGCAGCCAGACCUGCCCUGAAUAAAGCCUUCAAAGACCACACUGAGCAGCAGCACAUCGCUGCCCAGCAGGAAGCAGCUCUGCAGCAUGCCCAUACACACUCUUCUGGUUUCUUCAUCACUCAAGACUCGUCCUUCGGGAACCUGAUCCUCCCCGUGCUGCCACAACCAGACCCGCCUUCAGCAGCAGAACUACAGAACCUUUAAGAAAACAUGGCAGAAAGACCGACGGCUAGAAGUAGCAGUUGGCCACGGUGUGUUACAGAUCAGCUGUUUGGUGUUGUCGAAUCGACAUGUAGAAUCGUCGGGAAAUUACCUGAAAUUGGCUGUCGAUAUUCUGGUCAGAGGUGAUAUGAAAUUGUAGGCGCUGCGUUUCAGAACAUUUAACCAUUAACUGCUCUGUUUCUUCCCUUCCAGAGGGAGGCCACUAGACCUUCCAGGAUAUGACAAAUGGAGAAUUUUUUGUUAACUUUAAAACUGACAGCUGAUGAAACUGAGGAGUAUUGUAGUCUGUAAUAAAACCCUUUUGAGGAAAAACUCAUUCUGAUUGGCUGGACCUGGCUCCCCAGUCGGUGGGCCUAUGCCCUCCCAGGCCCACCCAUGGCUGAGCCCCUGCCCAGUCAUGUGAAAUCCAUAGAUUAGGGCCUAAUGAAUUUAUUUAAAUUGACUCAACUCUUUUAAAGUUGUUGCGUUUCUAUUUUUUGUUCAGUAUAGAUUUGCCUUUGUAGACAGAAAAAAAAAAUGGUUUAUGAAAAUAAAAUAAAUUGUAACAUG